GCCCGCCCUCAAUUUGACUGCAGUAAUCCCGACAAGUGAAUUUCAGGUUAUUUACUGAUAUGCAGCAGUAUUUGUAGAAGAUAUGGAGCUGUGUCAGAUUGUCGUCUCAAAUGUCGUGUACCGGUAUUUUCCUUGUCGACAACAGAGAUAAUUGCGAAUUUGGGACGACCGACCGACCCUUUUUCCAAGCCGCGGUUCCGUAUUGACUGAGCACUAACGUUAUGCAUUCAACUUUCUGAAAAAUGUAGGGCCUUGGCUAUCUGUUGCCUCUUUGCCAACAGCAACAAUGUAUCAUGUUAUAAAAGGACUUAUUCUAACAGAAUCCCGAUGCUGUGAUCCCGAUAGUAAAAGGUCAUACCAGGACCUAUUCGAUAAACUGGAUACCAACAAGGAUGGCAAGGUGGAUGUUUUCGAAUUGAGAGCGGGUCUAACCGCAAUGGGCAUAUCAUCCCGCAAAGGUGCAGCGCAGGUAAAUGUAAAUGCAGAGCCAUGCCGUUUCCCAACGUUAAGAAUUUGCGAGUGGGACAUACAGUAUGUGUAGCAAAUACAUGCAACACAGACCUAGACAUAUGCCAUUCUCAUUCACUUAGCCUAUUCAUCCAUUCACCAAUUUGUGGGGUAUUUCCCUGUAAAUAUAACAUAUAACCUAUACUUUAUAUAAACUAAAUACUCAACUUUAGCCGACUAACUAGUUUCUCCCUUGUCAAACGUGUCCCAUCCUGGAGCGAUAAAGCAGUAGUAACAGUGUUACAGCGUCUGGUGUUAUCAGAGCAGGGCUGGUUUAAAGGGUCAAUCUGCAAUUCAAACAACAACAAAGCAGACACCCCACCACUGUUUUGGUAAACAGCUGAGGGAUGAGGCUGGAGAAAUCUCUCAAAUUCAUAGACAGAGCUAUGGAUUUGAUAUAAAAAAUAAUUGUUGUCCGGUCCCCCACCGAUGAAAUCGGGAGGGGGACUGGAUCCGUCUCCAUCCAUAUGUUAGUAUGUACGCCCGGUUUGGACGAAUCUUGGGUGAAUGAUGCACCAUGCCAUAUAUAUCCUUGCCAUAGAGAUCCAGCAUUUACAAAAUUAGAUUGAUUGGCCCGGUUUUGACGAAACUUGGGUGAAUGAUGUGUCUUGCCAUAGAGAUCUUGCAUUUACAAAAUAACACUGAUUGGCCCAAGGGUGGCGCUGCAUCAUUCUAGGAGGAUGACAUGUUUACUGUUGCCUUGUUUGAACCAUGUUUUGAGGCUAUACAGUGUUUGUUUACAUAACUAAAGUAAAACAAGCUUAUGUUUUGGGUUCUGAUGGGGUUAGACAGUUGAACUAAUUUCAUGAGACAUUUAUAAGUCAUAUUCUUCAAGAAUCAAUGAGUAUGUAUCAUGAAUUGAAGUUCAAAAAUGUAUGUAGCAAUGUAAGUAGCAAUCACAGAUUGUCCGGCAGGACACAGGUUUCAUCAUCAAUAUGACAUCUACAGGAAAAUGACUCACCCCUCAUCCCCAGUAUCAGGGAAUGAAAACAGAUAUUGGUUAGUGUUGUUACCAGCACCACUAUAGGGGAAGAUACCCGCCCCAUUGACUUGGCCAUCUCCAGACAUUAUGCAAUAUUCAUUACCAUUCAAUAUUCAUUCAUGUGCACAACAUGUUCUUGUAGUUACACAGUAACUCUAUAACAAUAGCCUACCAUUUAAUGAUAGCAUUGAAAAACACUACACUGUUCCUGUGUUAGUGAGCCAAGUGCGUCUGCUUGACUUAGUGAGGCAGCCUAUCUGAUGCCUAUGAGUCGUAGUGAGUAACCUUGCCAGUGUACAAAGUUCUGCUUCAAUGAUUCAACUUCCAACAGUGAGGCAAAUAAACGAAUCCUCUCAUUCGUGUCUGUGUAGAAAAUUGUAUCGUCUGGUGACAAAAACAAAGAUGGAGGGCUUGACUUCAAUGAGUUCAACAAAUAUCUGAAAGAACACGAGAAGAAACUGCGCCUGACGUUCAAGAGCUUGGACAAAAACAACGAUGGUAGGUUACCAUACCAUAUCCUUCUCCACAAAGCACUGGAGAUUUUCUGGGGAAUCACUGGUGACACAAAGUUUAGGGAAGUACAGUACUUGAUGAGCACCGAGAUCACUACAGAUAGACUUAAGUAUUUGACAUUUGUCCAGGACCCUAGGUUGUCGGGGAUGCCUUCAGUACCAUCCACUAGGGGCAGCGUGAGCACGUAUUACCGUCUGGCUCCCGGCUUGCUAGGGCGUUGUGGAGGGUGCUAGGCACUUAUUUAUUUAUUUAUUCUGUUUUAACCUUAUCCCAAACGUUAACCCUUACCUUAACCAGUCGGAAUUAAUGCAUAAACUUAAUCGUCAAGUUGUUUAUGAUUAACCAUCAAUUUGUUCUGUUUUGACAACCUUCACCUUUUACCUACUUUCACUUCACCCACAGAUGUUUAUCCCCCGCUGGACAAUUGUUGAAUACUGAAGUGAGACCAUGAGAUCUUGUUGUGAUGAGACCUAUCUCUGUCAGAAUGACUAGUAAUAGUAAUAAGCCAUUUAGCAGACGCUUUUAUCCAAAGCGACUUACAGUCAUGCGUGCAUACAUUUCUUUUGUGUAUGGGUGGUCCCGGGGAUCGAACCCACUACCCUGGCGUUACAAGCGCCGUGCUCUACCAGCUGAGCUACAGAGGACCACACAUGAUUCUCAUAACAAUGUAAUAUAACUGUUACAACAACAAUGCAUGAUAGAACAUGCAUUAUACUUAUGAACAUUCAACUAGAGAAUGUACUUAGAAACAUUUCAAGGUUUUGUUUAUCAUUUCCUCCAGGGCACAUCGAUGCCUCUGAGAUCAAGCAGUCCCUUGAAGAGCUGGGCAUGGACAUAACCGAGGAAGAGGUCCAGACGAUCCUACAAAGGUUUGUCCUCAUAAGCUAAGUGUCCCUUCAUUAGCCAUGUCAUUUCUUACAAACUAUAAGCAUUUUAGUUGAUUCAACUUAUCAACUAAUCAUCAAACCCUUGAUUAGUUAAAUUAGUGCUGGGCUGGAACAAAAAUGGUCAAGUUGGCUAAAGCAGAAGUAGAAUGGUAAACAGGCUAGUACUGUUACUACCUGCUCUGUGACCUCAUAUCCUGUCUGUGCAGCAUGGACAACGAUGGCAACAUGAUGGUAGACUGGAAUGAGUGGAGGGAUCACUUCCUGUUCAAUCCUGCCCAUAACCUGAACGAAAUCGUACGGUACUGGAAACACUCCUCGGUGAGUGGGUCACCCGGUCCGGACUCCGGACUCACACCUGCACCCACACACCCCUUGAAGAAACUAGAUAUGUACAAGCAAUAUUGUGGAGAAGCGCCUAUCCUAUUGACUUUCUUUCGACAAAAUGUUAAUCUCCAGUGGAUUGUUUAUCUCCAGUGGAUCAUCUUACAAAUUCUGUUUCUAGGAAAUAGCGAGUCCCUUUUUUAACUUUUUGCUGAGACACUACAUGCUAGGCUGGUGUUGCUGCAACUUCUCAAGCCACAACUGGUGAGAUAGCAGGUCUGGAUAAGAAGUUCCUCUUUCUCAGCAGUGUGUGAGAAUAGGCCUGCUGGUAGGGUAGGUGGUAGUAUAUGUUUGUCUAUAGAAAGUCUUAUCUCCGUGUUGACCACAUGUUACUUACAAUAGCUUGCAGUUUAUCUUACAGGCCUGACUGAUAAAGUUGCAACAGUAUAAAAGGCUGCAGUGCAUGGGGGCUAUUGAUGUGGGCUAUUGAUCACCACCACACAAAAGUGUUCAAAUAUUUUUCUGAUGUAUGCUUGAGUGCAAAGUGCUGUGAAAAACUAAUCAAAACUCUUGGUGGCGGUUGACGGAUGUAAGGACAAUAAAACAUAAUUCGUCUUUCACUCGCUAGGUGCUGGACAUAGGUGAGAGCAUUGCCAUCCCUGAUGAGUUCACAGAGGAGGAGAAGACCUCAGGUGGCUGGUGGAAACAGCUGGCUGCCGGGGCGAUGGCGGGGGCGGUCUCUCGCACAGGCACUGCCCCCCUGGACAGGAUGAAAGUCUUCAUGCAGGUUGAGUACUGGAAGGGUCGUUACUAAAGAGGAUGGAAAUAUAAUGCUUUAUAACUACAAAUAGGAUUUAACCACUAACCAUAACCACAACCCUUAUUCCUAACUUUAUACCUAGUGAAAAAAACUACAGUAUAUAAAUGCACACUAUCCAUCAAAAUGGUUUAUUCUCCAACCCCUGUGAUUGUGCUUCAGGUCCACUCCUCCAAGUCCAACCGGAUCACCCUGUUGGGAGGAUUCAAGCAGAUGAUUAAGGAAGGGGGUGGGGCCUCAUUAUGGCGAGGGAACGGGGUCAACGUGUUAAAGAUCGCCCCUGAGACUGCUAUCAAAUUCAUGGCCUACGAACAGGUAGGACACCAUUUAUUCUGUCUAGUUAUCACAUUUGAUGGGGGGAGGGGGACAAGCAAGGAGAGAGAGAGACCUAUAGAGGAAGAGAUAGUGAGAUAUGUAAAGGAGGAGGUAAAUGAUAAAAUGAUAGCGAGAAUAGGAAAUGUGACAGAGAGAGAGAGGGGAAGACAGACAGAGAAAAGGAACACCUACAGUAUGUAAGAAUGCUGUUCAUUGACUACAGCGCAGCAUUCAACAGCAUAGGGCCUUCCAAACUCAUCACUAAACUAUGGACCCUCAGGGUUCGCACAAGGUGCUUGAGGUACUUGAAGUACUUGAAUUUGGCACUCUGAAAUUCAAGUACUGGAAUACCUUGGAAAUCAGACAUUUUCUCAAGUUGGUACUUGAAAAGUACUUUAAUUAAAAUGAGGGGAGAACAGAUAAUGAUCAAAUAUGUUUAUGAAGAAUGUUAGGAAAAUGUUUUUGUUUUGCAAAUUAAUUUCCAGGCAGACUACCAAGUUUCAUUUCCUCACGUGUUUCGCACUGUGGUUGCCAGGCAAGCUCGCUCAUUCCACCCACACCGCCACUCAGCCAGGCAGGUACAGAACUGACUGAUUAGGCGCCGCCAAACAUCACAUCGAUAGCUAAAAUUCCCAAGGCGCCCGCGAUAUUCCGCUUUAUCAAGCGGCAGCCGUGCUCCUGCCGUUCUGGUGGCUGUUCACGUGCCGUUUUCCGCACAGCCCACCCGCCCUUCUCCCGACCUGCGACACUAAAGCUGCCAGUCGGAAGCAAGACGCUUUUUCCUAGCUAUUAAGUAGUAGAUCCCCAAAUGCCCAAUAAAAACAGUCAUUAAGCUGGAAUUGUGUAGUAAUGCUAAUAGUAAAUGUAUGUUCACCAGGAGGCAUGUCCCAAAACUCUGCUCAUCACUAACUCUGCUCAAAUUACAAAAUAAUCAGUACUGACUUACCACUCAUGUAGUGAAACAGCGUAUUAUUGAGGAAAACUUGUAUGGUAGUGAUGAAUACAACGUUUUUUUCAUGAGGUUGUGGUGAUAUACUACCAUCUGUUGGUGACUAAAAACAAUUGCAUAAUAUGAACUAUUACAAAUUGAUGGUCCUUGAAAAUAAAUAUUAGUGCUUGAAAAAGUACUUGAAAGUCCUUGAAUUUGACUUGCCACUGUCUGUACGAACCCUGGACCAUGGGAUGAAACACCUCCCUCUGCAACUGGGUCCUAGACUUCCUGACGGGCCGGCCCCGGUGGUGAGGGUUGGCAACAACACAUCCACCGCGCUGACCCUCAACACGUGGCCCCUCAGGGGUGUGUGCUUAAUCCCCUCCUGUACUCCCUGUUCACCCACGACUGCAUGGCCGCGCACGACUCCAACACCAUAAUUAAGUCUGCAGACGACACAACGGUGGUAGGCCUGAUCACAGACAACGAUGAGACAGCCUACAAGAGACCUGGCAGUGUGGUGCCAGGAGAACAACCACUCUCUCAGCGUCAGCAAGACAAAAGAGAUGAUCGUGGACUACAGGAAACGGAGCGCCGAGCACACCCCCAUCCACAUCGACGGGGCUGUAGUGGAGCAGGUCAGGAGCUUCAAGUUCCUGUCCACAUCACUAAGGAAUUAUCAUGGUCCACACACACACACCAAUAUAGUCAUGAAAAGGGCACAACAACGCCUCUUCCCCCUCAGGAGGCUGAAAAUAUUCGGCAUUGGCCCUCGGAUCCUCAAAGUUCUACAGCUGCACCAUUGAGAGCUGUUACUGUUUGUCUUUCCUGUUGCCUAGUAACUUUAUCCCUACCUAUAUGUACAGUGCAUUCGGACAGUAUUCAGACCCCUUGAAUUUUUCCACAUUUUGUUAUCUUACAGACGUAUUCUAAAAUUGAUUAAAUUGUUUGUUUUUCCUCAUCAAUCUAUACCCCAUAAUGACAAAGCAAAAACAGGUUUUUAGAAAUGUUUGCAAAUUUAUAAAAAAAACUACCUGAAAGAUCACAUUUACAUAAUUAUUCAGACCCUUUACUCAGUCCUUUGUUGAAGCACCUUUGGCAGCGAUUACAGCCUAGAGUCUUCUUGGGUAUGACGCUUCAAGCUUGGCACACCUGCAUUUGGGGAGUUUCUCCCAUUCUCUGCAGAUCCUCUCAAGCUCUGUCAGGUUGGAUGGGGAGCUUCGCUGCACAGGUAUUUUCAGGUCUCUCAAGAGAUGUUAGAUCGGGUUCAAGUCCGGGCUCUGGCUGGGCCACUCAAGGACAUUCAGAGACUUGUCCCGAAGCCACUCCUGCGUUGUCUUGGCUGUGUGCUUAGGGUCGUUGUCCUGUUGGAAGAUGAACAUUCACCCCUGUCUGAGGUCCUGAUCGCUCUGGAGCAGGUUUUCAUCAAGGAUCUCUCUGUACUUUGCUUCGUUCAUCUUUCCCUCGAUCUUGACUAGUCUCCCAGUCCCUACCGCUGAAAAACAUCCCCACAGCAUGUUGCUGCCACCACCAUGCUUCACCGUAGGGAUGGUGCCAGGUUUCCUCCUGACGUGACACUUGGCAUUCAGGCCAAAGAGUUCAAUCUUGGUUUCAUCAGACCAGAGAAUCUAGUUUCUUAUGGUCUGAGAGUCCUUUAGUUGCCUUUUGGCAAACUCCAAGCGGGAUUUCCAGUGGUGUAAAGUACUUAAGUAAAAAAUACUUUAAAGUACUACUUAAGUAGUUUUUUGGGGUAUCUGUACUUUAUUUUUGACAACUUCAACUUUUACUCCACUACAUCCCUAAAGGAAAUCAUGUACUUUUUACUCCAUACAUUUUACCUGACACCCAAAAGUACUUGAUACAUUUUGAAUGCUGUCCAAUUCACGCACUUAAAGAUAAAAUCCCUGGUCAUCCCUAUUGCAUCUGAUCUGGCGGACUCACUAAACACAAAUGGUUUGUUUGUAAAUUAUGUUACGAGUGUGCCCCUGGCUAUCCGUAAAUUUAAAAAACAAGAAAAUCGUGCCGUCUGAUUUGCUUAAUAUAAGGAAUUUGAAAUGAUUUAUUAUUUUACUUUUACUUUUGACACUUAAGUAUAUUUAAAGCCAAAUACUUUUAGACUUUUUAUCAAGUAGUAUUUUACUGGGUGACUUUCACUUUUACUUCAGUCAUUUUCUAUUAAGGUAUCUUUACUUUUACUCAAGUAUGACAAUUUGGUACUUUUUCCACCACUGGGCAUUUCAUGUGCCUUUUACUGAGGAGUGGCUUCCGUCUGGCCACUCUACCAUAAAGGCCAGAUUGGUGGAGUUCUGCAGAGAUGGUUGUCCUUCUGGAAGGUUCUCCCAUCUCCACAGAGGAACUCUAGAGCUCUGUCGAGUGACCAUUGGGUUCUUGGUCACCUCCCUGACCAAGGCCCUUCUCCCCCGAUUGCUCAGUUUGGACGGGCGGCCAGCUCUAGAAAGAGUCUUGGUGGUUCCAAACUUCUUCCAUUUAAGAAUGAUGAAGGCCACUGUGUUCUUGGGGACCUUCAAUGCUGCAGAAAUGUUUUGGUACCCUUCCCCAGAUAUGUGCCUCGACACAAUCCUGUCUCUGAGCUCUACGGACAAUUCCUUUGACCUCAUGGCUUGGUUUUUGCUCUGACAUACACUGUCAACUGUGGGACCUUAUAUAGACAGGUGUGUGUCUUUCCAAAUCAUGUCCAAUCAAUUGAAUUUACCACUGGUGGUCUCCAAUGAAGUUGUAGAAACAUCUAAAAGAUGAUCAAUGGAAACAGGAUGCACCAGAGGUCAAUUUCAGGGGGAAUACUUAUGUAAAUCAGGUUUUUCUGUUUUUUUAUUUGUAUAAAUUAGCAAAUUCUAUAAAUCACUGUUAGUCUACAGCUGUUGUUUACAAAGCAUUUUAUAGGGCGAGAGAGAGUGAGAGGGAGAGAGCGAAGAAAGAUGGAAGAAAGGGAAAUGUUCUAAUAGUAUCUCUGUGUUAUCCUAAUGGUGUAUCUCAACUUUCUCCCCCGUCAGUAUAAGAAGCUGCUGACACCAGAGGGAGGGAAGGUCCAGACCCACCAGAGGUUCAUGGCUGGCUCUCUGGCAGGAGCCACCGCCCAGUCAUCCAUCUACCCCAUGGAGGUGAGAGGACAACCCCCUGUUACCCAGGGUCUCCGUCACUGUCAGAUCCCUGGAAUUAAUUUGAUCAAGGAGCAUUCAGAUAAUACUGCAUCAUAAAUCAGUCAUAUGCAUUCACGUUAUCAGGUGGUAUUCAAUUAAAUGUAACAUAAUAAACAUUUUAUCUCAGGAAGAGGUAUGUCCCUGAAAAUAUAUUUCUCAGGUACAUUUUGAACCUAAAGGUUAGUGUAACCGAACAUACACAGAACAUGGUUGCCAUGUUCUCAAAAUAUAAGAUAUUAAUGUUUUAGACACGUUUCAUGGGAGCAUUGCAAGAACAUUCGUGUGUCCAGUUUUCUGAGGGUUAGGAGAAUAUUCCAUCAAUGUCCCACCAAACUUCUCAGAAUAUAAUAUAUUAAUGUUCUAGACACGUUUCAUGGGAACGUUGCAGGAACAUUUCUGUGUAUCAGUUGUCAGGUUGUCACCUGUUUCAUUACACAUCACACCUUGUUACUGUUGCUGAGCCCAUCAAUGCCCUGAUUGGUGAACCACUGAUCCAUUCACAACUCUUUGAUGUUGGCAAGGUUAAGGCACGCACGCACAGUGCUUUUAACAUGGUGUUUUCAACUUACAUACUGUAUUUGACACACUUUGACAUACAUGAUUACAUUGUGCAUUUUCAUUUAUACAGUAAUUAUUAUUCAGCAUGUCCUCCCCUGGGAUACUCUAGAGAUAUCCCUGGGACAGUGGUUAGGGUGUUCGUCAUUAGUGUUGGUGGCCUGGGUUCGAGACCCACUAGGGGAGUCACACUACUGACUAUUCUCAAAUGUCUAGCAAUAUAUGUUCAUGUAAUUAUUUGGCAAUAGUUACUAACACCCCUAACUGAUAUAAUUAAAAUCAGUUUCUCAUUGAAAGAUGGGAAUCUGUAGGAUCAGCACAAAUUAUGACAACAUUUCCACUACCUUUCAUAAACUAUCAGUACUUAUUAAUUAUAUAUAGAUGAGCAUCAUCUCUCCAUUGUCUUCUUUCUCCUUUUAGGUAAUGAAGACCAGACUGACUCUGGGGAAAACUGGCCAGUAUAAUGGAAUGUUUGACUGUGCCAAGAAGAUUCUGAGGAAAGAAGGCAUCAAAGCCUUCUGUAAAGGCUACACUCCCAACAUGAUAGGGAUCAUUCCCUAUGCUGGCAUCGACCUUGCUGUUUACGAGGUAUGUAGGCUGAGGAUUUCUAUCACAGAGUCAAUUCUGUUUCACAUUCCACAUUGUAGUACUGCAAUGAUUUACAGCUCACUAACAUGUAUUACUGAAACAGAGAAUUCCAUAAUCUUGGAAGUUUUUCAGGACUCAAGAAUGCAAUCCAGUGAAUCCACGAAAAUUGCGUUCAUCGAACGUUGUGUUAUUCUAAAUGAGAGAAGGCUGACGACAUUAAUGUGACCACUGUGAACACUUCUUUGGCGCCAGUCACAUCCCUAAAUGAUGAUACUUCCCUUCCCCUUGUCCCUUACCCCACCCUCUCUUUGUGUACCCUAGAGCCUGAAGAAUGUGUGGUUGUCCCGCUAUGCCAAAGACACAGCCAACCCUGGCAUCUUGGUGCUGUUGGGCUGUGGCACCAUCUCCAGCACCUGUGGCCAGCUGGCCAGCUACCCCCUCGCCCUGCUUCGCACACGCAUGCAGGCACAAGGUAAUACAUGCAUCUGGAACUAGAUGAGAUAUUUUUAUUUAUUGAAGCCAAAAAACAUUUAAAAUCAGCUCUCCAGCAGCACAGAAAGACAUCUUUGACUAAUGAAACCAGCUGCUACUUUAAUAAUGUACAUUAAAACAACUCUGUGAUAAAAGGGACAGAUCAUCUGAUCUCCAUGAGAGAGAAACUGCAAGUGCAAAACCCAUGAGGUAAUGCGUGAAUAUAAACACACACACUCACACACACACUAACCUUUUCCUUUCCUUCUGCAUCCUUUUUUUCAUUUAUCUGUUUCUCAGCAACUCUGGAAGCAUCGGACAAGUCCACCAUGACUGGACUGGUGAAGGGGAUCAUGGCUAACGAGGGUUUCUUUGGACUCUACCGGGGUAUCCUGCCUAACUUCAUGAAAGUGAUUCCUGCUGUGAGCAUCAGCUAUGUGGUCUACGAGUACAUGAAGACUGGCCUGGGGAUCUCCAAAUGA